AAAUUGUUAUAGUACCCAAAAAUCUAGAAUGUGAAUUCCAAAAGCUUCUCUUAUCCUCUACAAACCCAUUUUUCGCAGUUACAUAACAAAGACACAGAAUGAUGGCGGGAACCGCUACCUUGAACCUCAAUCUCUCCCAUUUUUCUUCUUCAUCUUCCUCUCUACGCAAACACUCUUCUUCAUCCCCAUCCAUCUUUCCAAUUCGAAACCCUCCUUCUUCUAAUCCCCGUUUUUUCAAGAUUUAUGCAGUGUCCAGUAACGACAUUAAAGUUGGUACCAAUGUUGAAGUUGAUGGUUCACCUUGGCGUGUGUUAGAGUUUCUUCAUGUCAAACCUGGAAAAGGUGCGGCAUUUGUGAGGACCAAGCUCAAGAAUUAUCUUUCAGGAAAUACUGUUGAGAAGACCUUCAGAGCUGGAAGUUCGAUUGAUGAAGCAGAUAUAGUCAAGGAAACGAAACAGUUCACAUAUAAAGAUGGUGUUCAGUUUGUCUUCAUGGACUUGAGUACAUACGAGGAGACUCGUCUGAAUGAAUCAGAUGUUGGGAACAAAACAAAGUGGCUGAAAGAGGGAAUGGACUGCAAUUUGCUGUUAUGGAAUGGAAAAGUUAUUGAUGUUGAUCUCCCUACAACAGUCAAGCUUAAGGUAGUUGACGUGGAUCCCGGUCUUAAGGGUGACACAGUCCAAGGUGGAACAAAGCCAGCAACUCUCGAAACCGGUGCUGUUGUCAAUGUUCCGCUCUUUAUAAAUGUAGGUGAAGAAAUACUGGUUGAUACAAGAUCUGGGCAGUACAUGAGCCGUGCCUAAGGUUUCACAUCAAGUUUUGUCUUCAAUUGAAGUUCAGAGUUUUGUGAUUUAUUUUGUUCUCUUACAAGAACAUGUAGCAUAUGUAAUAGCAAACAGAGCGAAUUGACUAUGUAUCACAGCAUGAGUUAAAAUUUUGUUGUAACUUGUAAGUUAGUAAUGAAACUGAGUCUCUUGCGGCAUCA